AUGGGAUACUAGCAAACUGAUAAACGAGCGUAAGAGGUGGAUGAAAUAAGACUUUCACAUGAGAAAACCAAGGGCACAUAACUGCGAACAGAAGGGAGAGCACGAUUAAUCCAAGUGAAAGAGGGCUUGGCGCUUCAAAUGCGCUUUGUGGGAGAGACAGGGACAGAUGAUAAGAGUAAGAGCACUGUGUGAGAGGACUGCUGCGUAACUGUCCCAAACAAAGCACAGGUUUCUGUCUGUAUAAGAGAGUUGGAUCAGAAGCACAUCAUCAGCUGAUCAGUCAUGCGUUUGGUCAGCGUGCAGCAUCGUGUGCGGAGAGCAGCAGAAUCAGAGGAGGAGACCAAACCUUCUCCACCCCCUCUGCCCCCUCCCUCUCACCACUCACACAACUUCAUAAAUAUGAAGAACAAGUUUUUCAAUGAGCUUGGCCAUCUACCUAUGCCUAUGUGGGCUAUUGGUGCCAUAGUUGUGGUCGUGCUUGCCCUGGUUGCCUGCUUUGCUUUCUGUGUCUAUAAGAAGUGCUUGGGAGGGAAGAAAAAAACUAAAAAAGUCAGAGAGAGGAAGGGAGGACGAAGAAGGAUGAAAAAGGAAGGAGAGGAAGAAGCAGGCGAGGAACAACCGAAAGAAGGAGAGGGCGAGGGAGAGAAAGAACAUUAUGGCAAGUUGGAGUACACUCUGGACUAUAACUUCACUGACAAUCAGCUCAUUGUGGGUAUCUUGCAAGCCCAAGACCUUGCUGCGAUGGAUAUGGGUGGAACAUCUGACCCAUAUGUCAAAGUUUAUAUGCUACCAGACAAGAAGAAAAAGUUUGAAACCAAGGUCCAGCGCAAGAAUCUGUGUCCUGUUUUCAAUGAGACAUUCAUGUUUAAGAUCCCCUUUAAUGAUCUAGCAGGACAGACUCUGGUCCUGCAGGUGUUUGAUUUUGACCGCUUUGGGAAACAUGAUGUAAUUGGAGAGAUCAAAAUCCCUAUGAACAGCAUUGACCUGGCCCAGCCCAUACACGAAUGGAAAGACCUGGUCGGAGGACUGAAAGAGGAACAAGAGAAACUAGGAGACGUCUGUAUCUCCCUGCGCUAUGUGCCCACAUCUGGUAAGCUGACUGUCUGUAUCAUGGAGGCCAAGAACCUGAAGAAGAUGGACGUGGGUGGUUUAUCAGAUCCUUUUGUAAAAGUGGUUUUGCAACACAAUGGAAAGCGUAUAAAGAAGAAGAAGACGACAGUUAAGCAGAACACACUGAACCCCUACUUUAAUGAAAGCUUCAGCUUUGAAAUCCCCUUCGCUCAGAUUCAGAAGAUCCAGGUGUUGAUCACGGUCUAUGACUAUGAUAAACUGGGAAGCAAUGAUCCGAUUGGGAAGUGCUGGAUUGGGUUUGGUGCUAGUGGGGUGGGUCUGCGCCACUGGUCAGACAUGCUGGCCAAUCCCAGACGACCUGUGGCCCAGUGGCACACCCUUCAGCCUGAAGAGGAAAUAGAUGCUGCCCUUAAAGCACCUAUCCGCUAAAUAUCUAAUCCACCCUCAACAUAAUGUUUUCAGCACACAUCAGGCAAAAUCAUUUAAAUUUAAUCUGUCCUUUCACUGAGGAGUUUCUGUCUGUUACGUUAUUAACAUCAUUAUUACCUGUACCCUUCUUUACUGAGAAACAGAGGAGGAGUAACUUUUAUAAAUGUUAUGUAUAUUAUGUUCAUCUGGAUUGUGUUUCUUAUUUAAAUGUGUCUGUAUGUGGAUGAUAACUGUGUGUGUUUGUUUGUUUGUUUGAAAGUGUUGUGUGUAUGUAUCUGUCCAUAACCCUGAGAGCACACGUACAGCAUGGAGAUAUCUAUUUGACGUCUGCAUUUACAUCAUGAGUGUUUGCUCAUCUGCAGUAAGUCUAUGCGACGUUUCCUGUCAGAUGUCAAAUAGAUGUAUAGAAAAUGUCUUUAAGAUGUUUAUGAUUUAGGAUGCAUGUAAAAAUGGCAUCUUAAAGACGUCUAUCAGGUGUUUGUACACAGCAGAUGCUUUCCAGAUGAAGCGAUCUUGAACAGACAUCUUGCAGACGUACGUGUGCCAUCUGGUAACUGUUUGGGAACUCCUGAUUUGCCUAGUCUAUUUUUGUUUUCUUGUGAACCAAGAUGACUAUAAACUCAACAACUGGAUACAU